AUGAGUCGCGUUAAGAGGAAGGAGGUGCAGAGUGAUGACGGGUGGACCGUCAUCACCCAUGGCUUGGCGAGUAUUUCUCUUGAUGGGAAUGGGAAGAAGGAGGCAGAUGCUGGGUCCUUGCCUACGAGGAUUGUGGAGGGACUAACGGCGGAGAAGUUGUUGAACGAUUUUCGCCUCCUUCAAGAGCGGUGGGAAGAUACGCUGCUUGCGAAGCAAGUCAAAGAGAUUGUGGAGAAGAGAAGCGCUGAUGGCAAAUGGGGUGUUGAAGAAGCGGUAUGCAUUGGCAUCGGCAGUUUCAGUCGAGACUGGGCGCAUCGGUGGAGGAGUCUCUGGCAGCUUGUACUGUUUGUCGAUGUAGUCAACCGGCGUAUGUCAUUGAUAUUCCACCCUUUGCAUCCGCCCAAGAUAACUAAUCUCCACGCAGUCAAAGACGAAAUCAAGGACACCAAGAUACAAUGUUUCGCCCAAGACCCAGCAUUCACAACCCUCGACAUCGAAUUUCUAUCGUACUUCUCAAUCACGGUCCUUGACUCCGAUCUUCAGACCCACAUUACGUCCGAAUCCUUCGUCUACUCGCCAUUCGUGGAUUGGUUCCUUCUUCUACCAACUUUCCUCAAAUUGAAAGACCCGGUGCUGUACGUAGGCAACGAAAUUCUGGACGACUACAGUGUGUAUGCGCAAACGAAGGAGAAGAAAGAGCGGCUAGAGGAGUGCAAUGAGGUGGGCAAGAAGUGGAUAAAAGGCCGGGAAAAGGUGGCGCUAAAAGAGUUUGAAAAGCAUGGGAAUGCGCUGAAUGGGAUGGUGGUUUAUAUGAGGGAGAGUGAUGACGACGCGGAGGGAGAGAAAGAUACUGAGGCGAGGCCUAAGGAAGCUCAUGAUAAAGAGAAGACUCCCACGGAAGACACCUAG